ACAGCCCGCCCCCUCCGGCCCACCAGACCCCCCAGGUCCACCUACCCAAUCCACGACCGCGAGGAACGGCGCCGCGACCACCAACCAAGCCCGUAGCCGCCGCCGCCGUCGCCAGCGCACCCACAGCGACCGGCCCUCCUUCCCUUUCCCCACGAGGUGCAUUUAUACGCUCCCACACCUUCCUGACACUUGCUGUAACUCCACCUUUCAGCUGACUCCCAUCAAUCUCGAUUUGCCAGCCCUCCGCGACGCCGGCGAGCCCGACUACCCCCCGUAGCGGGCAUGGGAUCGACGGCGCUCGGUGGUGCGGCUCCGGCGCGCGCCGGAUUGGCCCCCAAGAAUGGACUCCUUGGAUCUACUUUCAAGCCAUGUGGUGGUUUCAAGCUCAAAACAACUCCUAAGGUUGGACGCUCUUCAGUUUGUGUGAGAGCAUCCAUUGCUUCUUCACCACAAAAACAGUACUCUCCUAAGACACCAGCAGUUAAAUCAGGGGAGGAAGUGCGCAUUGCAGUGCUAGGAGCCAGCGGUUAUACUGGAGCUGAGAUUGUUCGGCUUCUAGCAAACCACCCUCAGUUCCGUAUCACAGUGAUGACCGCGGACAGAAAAGCUGGUGAACAGUUUGGAUCUGUAUUUCCUCACUUGAUAACACAAGACCUGCCAAAUUUAGUUGCAAUUAAAGAUGCAGAUUUUUCAGAUGUUGAUGCUGUUUUUUGUUGCUUGCCACAUGGAACAACACAGGAAAUUAUUAAAGGCUUACCCCAGCAACUGAAGAUUGUUGAUCUCUCUGCGGAUUUCCGUUUGCGUGACAUCAAUGAGUAUGCUGAGUGGUAUGGUCAUGCUCAUAGGGCACCAGAACUUCAGGAAGAGGCUGUUUAUGGUUUGACGGAGGUUCUUCGAGAUGAAAUAAGAAAUGCUCGGCUUGUUGCCAACCCGGGAUGUUAUCCCACGUCUAUUCAGCUCCCUCUUGUUCCUCUAAUAAAGGCAUGCAAGCUUGUAAUGACUUGAUUAAUAACCAAACUGCUCCCCAUGACAUCUAUUUCUUUAGGACGUGGAGCUAAGGAAGCAAAUCUGUACACCGAGAUAGCUGAAGGCAUUCAUGCUUACGGAAUAAAAGGCCACCGUCAUGUUCCUGAGGUUGAACAGGGAUUGUCAGAGGCUGCUGAAUCCAAAGUUACUAUCAGCUUCACUCCAAAUCUUAUCUGCAUGAAACGUGGGAUGCAAUCUACUAUGUUUGUUGAAAUGGCACCUGGAGUGACUGUCAGUGAUUUGUAUCAGCAUCUCAAGUCUACUUAUGAGGGUGAAGAAUUUGUCAAGCUGUUAAAUGGCAGCAAUGUUCCUCACACACGCCAUGUUGUUGGAUCAAAUUACUGCUUCAUGAAUGUCUUCGAGGACAGAAUUCCUGGAAGGGCCAUCAUCAUCUCUGUCAUAGACAAUCUUGUGAAGGGAGCAUCUGGCCAGGCCGUGCAGAACCUCAAUCUGAUGAUGGGACUGCCUGAGAACAUGGGGCUGCAAUAUCAGCCCCUAUUUCCUUGAUAUGUUGUGCCUUUGUUGUGCUCUUUUUCGAUGAUGCUUUGGAGUUAAGCACCCAUCUCUGUUUUCCGUUGAGAAGCAAAGAGCUGAAUGUCGGAGUGUAACCAAACUCGCUCAACAGCAAAACUUGGUUUGUGCUGGUGUAGUAUUUAGAGAUGAGCAACAAUUAGCAGUUGAAUAAGAGUAUGAACUGAGUGGCUUGGUGUAAUGAAAGUCCGAAGGCUAUUAUAUCCUACAGUGGAUUUUUGUCAUGAGAUCAAUAAAGCAGUGUAAAACCUGAUUCAGAGACAUCAACCAUUGCUGUCAGCAUUGGAUAAUAGUUAGAAGUGUGUUACUUUUAAAUAUUAAAGGAUAAAUUAGUUUUCAA